AUGAGCGCGAGACGGAAACACGUCCGCGCGCACGUCCACGACUUAGACGUGGAGAUUCACGAAAAGGAAGGCGACGUGGUGUGCCGAGUCGAAGACGUGAAAGGCGGGAACGUGAUUGAGGUACGACGGGUGUAUAUUUGUAUCUUGUUUUUCCCCGGUGUGUAA